AUGUUCCGCGCAGGCAAAACACUCGACGUAAUUACCCUCUUCCACAGACCCUCCGUCCAAGCCAGUGUCCGGGCCCAGACCGUCCUGAGGCAGGCCGCCGCGCAGGCCUCCCAGAGCGCCACGGAAGACCAGGCGUCCGACCACUCCCAUCAGAACGCGACCGUCACGCGCACCGAUCCCUUCGAUCUGGAAGUCACAGAGGCGCCACCGACGCCUGACCAACUGCGGAGUAUCUUCGAGUAUGUGGGCAGUGGCAGGGCUGGGGAGCUGGUCAAGGGUGCGGCCAGCGAGAGUGAUGCCUUGAGAAAGGUCAAAGAGGAUGGAGGUCUGUUUAUUCGGCCGGUCACGGUGGAUUGGAACGAAGGGCGCGCCGUCAUCGGGGACAACGACAGUGAGAUUUUGAAGUUAUUGAAGAUGGACAAGAAGAGCGAGGCUGGGCCAUGA